AUGACUAAAAGAAAACAAAAUAAUAACUCAACUUCAAAUGAUACAGAAACAGACUCCAGAAAUUUAAACAAUCCAAAAUCAGAGCAUCCACUAACAGAAGUUUGGAAAUAUUUUGAAAGAGAUGAACCCAAAGGCGAUGGUCAUUGGGAAGGAACCUGUAUGUACUGUAAAAAAUUUUAUUCGUGUGCCAAGCCAACUACUUUGCGAGCACAUCUUGCUAAUAGCUGUAAAAAUAUUUCUGAGGAAUGGAAACACUAUUUUAAUUAUAUUUUAGUCAACAAUUUGAAAGAUAUUCCAACUAAUGAACCUCUUUAUGACAUGCCAAAUACUACUUCAUUUUUAGUUAAACAAAAAAAAGCAAAAUUAACUAAUUGGUUUGAUUCU